AGAGAAGCUGUGGUCUACAAUUUUGUGGAACCGCUGAUUUGAAAGGGGGAAUUCAUCCAGGACGACAGCUACGACUUUGCGACUGGCAGAGCCGAAAAAAUACACACAUCUAUCACUACCCCUCCUGCUCCAGCUUCAUAAUAUACUUCCGCCAUGAGGUAUUCGAAAAAGGAUGAAGAUGCUGACCAGGCAAUCUUCAAAGUUGACCGCACCUCUGUCUUCCAAGAAGGUAUGCUUUGCGAUUAAUGUCAAUAGGUGCCCUCGAGCUAAUGCCACUGGCACCCAAGCUCGACUCUUCAAUACAUCUCCAAUUUCUCCUCGACGUUGUCGAAUUCUCUUAACAAAGAUUACAUAUCUCCUGCAUACCGGAGAGCGCUUCCCCACGUCUGAAGCUACGUCCCUCUUUUUUGGCAUUACAAAGCUCUUCCAGCACCGUGAUGCAGCUCUCCGACAGAUGGUUUAUUUGGUUAUCAAGGAGCUUGCGGAUACGGCAGAAGACGUUAUCAUGGUUACAUCUUCCGUUAUGAAGGAUGUUGCCGGCUCAGGAGGCAGGGGUGCGGGGGAGCAGGAGGUUUAUAGGGCCAAUGCUAUCCGGGCAUUGUGUAGGAUUAUCGACGUAAAUUUUUACUAUCCCCUUUUCCCUACCCUCUCAAGUACCGGCAUGUAGAAGAUGCUUCUAUCUUCUCUCCCUCUUAGAAUAGUGGCAAACUUUCCGGUCUCCUCUGAUGCGGCUUCUUUCGUCAAAAGAUAAACACUGCUGUUAGUUUUAUUUGCACAAGAGCUAACUAUACGCACAGGGCACGACCGUUCAAGCAAUCGAACGACUCCUGAAAACCGCUAUUGUGGAUAAAACUCCUUCUGUAUCAUCCGCGGCACUCGUAUCGUCCUAUCAUCUACUCCCAACUGCACGUGAUGUCGUCCGAAGGUGGGCAAACGAAACUCAAGAAGCUGUUCUCUCAGGUUCCAAAUCAUCUGCCUUUUCGUUAGGAUUUGGCUCAUCAUCCUCUUCGACGCCCCAAGGAUCCGGAAUGACCCAAUACCAUGCGAUAGGCCUUCUGUACCAAAUGCGUGCUCACGACCGGAUGGCUUUAGUCAAAAUGGUACAGCAAUUUUCUUCGGGGAAUGUUAAGAACCCCGCUGCGGUUGUUAUGCUGGUGAGGCUGGCUGCCAAGCUUGCUGAUGAAGACCCUGGGCUGCGGAAACCAAUGUAUACACUACUAGACGGUUGGCUAAGGCAUAAGGCUGAAAUGGUCAAUUUUGAGGCGGCGAAGGCUAUUUGUGAACUAAGGGAUGUGACAGAUGCUGAGGUUGCACCAGCUAUACACGGUGGGAUAAUGAACCACCCUUCUUCAUAUCAUCGAGCUCAACACUAAUGAUUUCCAAAAUUAGCCUUGCAACUCUAUUUGACCUCACCUCGUGCGGUUGCUAAAUUUACUGCCAUUCGGAUUUUGCAUAACUUUGCGUCCAUUAGGCCUGCGGCGGUUAAUGUUUGCAAUAUAGAUAUCGAAACGUUAAUCUCCAAUACUAACCGUUCGAUUGCAACCUUUGCUAUCACAACUCUGCUCAAGACUGGGAACGAGGGCUCUGUGGAUAGGCUGAUGGGGAAGACCAGUGCAAUCAUGGCUGAUAUCACGGAUGAGUUUAAAAUCACAAUCGUUGAAGCCAUCCGUACCUUAUGUUUGAAGUUCCCAACCAAGCAGGCCGGAAUGUUAAGCUUCCUCAGCGGCAUCUUGAGGGAUGAGGGCGGUUACGAAUUCAAGAGAGCUGUAGUAGAAAGCAUGUUUGAUUUGAUCAAGUUCGUCCCAGAGAGCAAGGAAGAAGGUCAGCAGCGCAAAUUCCUUUCCUUCCAGCGUUCUCAAUGCUGAUAAUAUCAAUAGCUCUCGCCCAUCUUUGCGAGUUCAUUGAAGAUUGUGAAUUCACCAAGCUUGCUGUUCGCAUUCUUCAUCUCCUUGGCAUUGAGGGACCAAAAACAUCUCAGCCUACCAAGUACAUCCGCUACAUAUAUAACCGGGUUGUUCUUGAAAAUGCUGUUGUUCGCGCAGCAGCUGUCACAGCCUUGGCUAAGUUUGGUGUUGCAAGCAAAGAAGGGAAGGUCGACCCUGAAGUCAAGAAGAGUGUUGUUGUGCUUUUGACAAGAUGUCUUGAUGAUCCUGAUGAUGAAGUCAGAGAUAGGGCUGCCCUGAAUCUGAGGCUUAUACAGGAGGAGGAGGGCGAGAUCGCCGAAAGAUUCAUCAAGAACGAGUCGACCUUUUCCCUCCCGAUUUUUGAGCACCAGCUGGUUAUGUAUGUUACGGGUGAUCAGUCAACAUUCGGUACGCCAUUUGAUAUCUCCGGUAUUCCAAUUGUUACUCGUGCGGAGGCAGAUGCAGAGGACCGGUCCCUCAAACUCCGUUCCACAACCAUGCCAACUCUCAGGGCACCAACCACCUCGGGUGUGUCCAGGCCUCCGGCCGCUCCGUCAGCAGCAGAGGCGGCCACAUCUGCUGCAGCGGCUGCUCAACAGCACGCCCAGCAAUUGGCUGCUGUUCCUGAAUUGAAGCCCUAUGGACCACUCCUGAAAUCUAGCCGCGAAGUGGAGUUGACUGAGGCAGAGACCGAAUAUGUGGUUACCGCGAUCAAACACAUUUUUAAGGACCACCUAGUUCUCCAAUUCAACGUCAAGAAUACUCUCACUGAUACCAUCCUAGAGGAUGUGUCAAUGGUUGCUACCCCUGCAGAUCCUGAGGACGAGGAGCAAGUGCUUGGCUUGGAAGAAGACUUCAUCAUUCCUGUGCCCAAGUUGGCAACUGAGGAAGUCGGAACAAUCUACGUCUCUUUCAGGCGAACUGGCGAGGAGUCCAAUUACGCUAUCACAACCUUCGCCAAUGUCCUCAAGUUUACACUAAAAGAGAUUGAUCCUAGCACCGGCGAACCGGAAGAUCAAGGCUUUGAGGACGAAUACCAAGUGGAGGAUUUGGAGCUUACCGGUGGCGAUUAUGUUGUUCCAUCGUUUGCUGGAAGCUUUGGGAACGUUUGGGAACAAGUCGGCGCUGCAGGUUCUGAAGUUACAGAAACCUUUUCUCUCGGAACUGGCGUCAAGAGCAUUCAAGGUAUUCAUUUCAUCCGCUAAUCGCCCUUUUCUCUCAGAGAUACUGACAAACAUCAACAGAGGCCUGUGAGGCGCUUUCCCAGUCGCUUUCUCUUCAGCCAUUGGAAGGCUCAGAUGUAGUUGCGAAUACGGCUACGCAUAACCUUAGGCUUUUCGGCAAGACCAUCUCUGGUGGCAGAGUGGUCGCCCAAAUAAAGAUGGCGUACAGCAGCAAGAGUGGCGUUGCGUUAAAGAUUACCGCGAGAGCGGAGGAGGAAGGCGUGGCGGAGAUGGUUGUCGGUAGCGUUGCCUGAGGGAUUGUGGAGUGGGGGAGAUAAAUGGGGUGUGGGGAUACAGAAAUUUGAUGGUUCUUUAUGUUUGUGAUAGCACUGUUUUACGUUUCAACGUGGAUAAUUUCUUGAGUUUUCGCCAAGCUCAAGGGAUGGGCUCUCUUACUCUA